ACAACGACGACGGCAACGACGACCUGGUUGUAGACAGCGGGCGCGAUGAGCAGACGCGACUCGUCCCGCGUGCAUAUCGCCGUUCGACAGAAUGACACGCUCGCUGAGUUUGAGAACUUCAAGAAGAAGUUCCUCUUUGCUAAUAAACAAAUAACAAAACAAAACUGCAGCCUGAGUAUGAAGAUCGAGGAGCUGAACGCACACAUCUCGACGCUGUACGUGGAGAACUUGCGGUUGCGCGCAUCCGAAAUUGCGUUGCAGUCGCAACUUAAGCGGGAGAAGGUCAAGAGCCACAAGAUCAUGGCCGAUGCCGAGGCGGCGGCAUUUAACCUACUCAAACAUUUUGGUUUCAUUCGGGAAUCGUAUAACGUACCACUGGAACGUCCGCACUCCCCAAAGGACAAUGGAGACUCGUCCCCACCCUCACGCUGUCAGAAGCCACCGCCUCGUUCGCCAUCUGCGCCGCGGCUGGCACAAUUGCCGACUGUCCCGGACAUCUAUGAGGAGCCUGAGCCACAUGAAGGAGAGACUUCGUCAGAAGAGAAUGACCACGGGAGAAACAUCAGGUCUGAUCGACAAGCGACGUUGACGUCCUCAAGAAGGCGAGAGAGCAUCUCGCGUUUGCCUGUUCCAUCGCGUGUUUCGACACCUCCACCCGUAUCUGCUAUGUCGUCGCCGAUGGAAGAAGGUCCUACAACAAGUAGGAAACGGAAACUUACGCGCAGAGCGAGUGGGCUCAUGCCUUCCAUCGAACCAACUCCGCGUCCUGUAAGCCCGGUGCUGGGUUCACCGAUGCAGCAGGACAUAGAAUUAUCAGCAGAAGAGGAAGCAGCGGCUUUACAAGACGUAGAAGCCAUCGCAGCAAGGGAAGAAGAGCAAGACCACGACCACGAACUUCCAUCGAAGAAACCAAGAAAGAAGAGCAAAACGCGAGACGAGAGUGACCGUGAUAUGACUGAGAGACGAGAGCGCAGGAAGGCAAAAGAGAAGGAGAAUAGAGAUGCUGCCUCGUCUGUGAGGUUAAAGGACGUGACGAACUCUCCUCGAAGGCGUCGCACCACCUCCACAGGAACAACGUCAGCAAGUGAGACUGAUCACGUAAAACACGGAAAGGAAUUACCAAACUCAGCAAGGCCUGCGCUGGCGAUCUCACCUCCACUCAAGUUAUCGUCUGAGGGUGAUAUAGCUUAUCUCCCGACUCCUGCACCUUCAUCAGCCGGAAACACGCCAGUUGCGCAGCAUUUUUCACUGCCUCACCCUCCUCCGUCGUCUAAUGACACUGCGGAUGUUGGUACGAGUGGAGCUGGGCGCGAGCGGCGCACGCGGAAGAGCGUUAACUACGCUGAACCAAAGUUGAAUACGAAAAUGCGCAAGCCCGACUCUAUCCCGCCACCCGGCGCGAGACCUUCGUUAUCUACAUCCACUGUUCCCCUUUCUGCUACACAAUCAACGAUGCCGAAUCAGAAUCAGAAUAAUCUGAUAAGAGGGCCGUCGUUACCAGAGUACGAAGAAUCUGAUGGGCAUGGGAUGACACAAUCUGCUCUACCUCCUUCACGACCAACAUCGUCAUCUUCGACUUCAUCAUCUUCUGCAACGGCGGCGAAAUCAAUGACGGCGGCGCGUCGAUCGACAGCGUCUUCUUCAUCAACUUCAACUUCUUCAAAAAGAAAACGAUCGGCGCGUUCACUAUCUUCUCUAUCGGAUGACGGAGGUCUCGUCCUCGAUGACGACGAUGUCCGAUUUGUAAACGGCACAGGAGAAGAAGAAGACGAUUCGGAUGGUGGAGGGGAGGCUGAUUCGGAGUUUAGUGAGUUUAGAGCAUGGGCGAACGUUAACAUCAAUUCCAGAAGGAAGAGUACCAGUGUGCAAAGUAGUGGUGGUCGUGGUAAUAGUAACAGCGAUGGUGGAAAUAGUAUGGUUCUCGAUGUUGAGGAAGGAUUUGCGAGGAGACGUAGUGUGGCUGUUUAACUUUAUUUUCCCGCCGUUUUUCUGGUUCAACGAGUAGGUAGUUUAAUUAUUCUUUCUCUGGUCUUUUACUUUAUCUUCUUUUCUCUACCCUUAUGACCCAUCACGAUCACGAAACACUCCUACGCUUACAUACACUCUUUCUUCGCUGGUACGAUAGUACGAUAUAUACUUCAGUCAAUAGGUCCGUCAUAGUUAGCAAAAUUAUUUUCUCUUUCUCGUCCCUUCUUUUCUCUCUUUGCUCUUGACCUGGCC